AUGAGAGGUAUUGAUAUGUUCGACCAAAAUAUGACUUAUUAUUUAUACCCUCAUAGAACAAUCAAAUGAUGGAAAAACUGUAUUUUUUAUUUUCUUGAGAUAGCACUGAAUAAUUCAUAUAUUCUAUAUAAAAGCCACAUGAUUUCAUUGAAUCAAAAAUUUUUAUCAUAUGAUAAAUACCGCAUUCAAAUUGCAGUUUCUUUGUGCGAAAAAAGCAAAGCUAGAAGAGAAAAUAAAACUGUAAUAAAUCAAGCAAUUUCAGGAAUGCAUUGGAUAAUAAAAAUUGAAAAUACAAAAGAAUGCAUCUUCUACUAUUAUCAAAAAGGAAAGAAAUCAAGGACUCCUUAUAUUUGUUCAGAAUGUAAGAUGCACCUUCAUCCAAAUUGCUUUUAUAGUUAUCAUAAUAAUAUAAAGUAACGAUGACCCCCCCCUCAAUCUUUAUGUCUACUGCAACAAAAAAUUUUUCGAAAAAAUCUUCAUGCCUACUGCAACACAAUAUUUUUUUAAAAAAAAAAUUAAUGCAUUUUUCUCUAGGUGAGCUUUCAAAAAAAUCAUAAAGCAGCACUACUGUAUGUGUGUCAAUGACCUUCUCAUCGAGAUUUGGACGGCUAUUGUCAUCGCUCGCCAUUUUAUUAAAACUUAUCUAGCUAAAAAGUACGGAAAGAUUUAAGAUGCGCAUCGAAAAUUGUUGCAAGAGGAUUAGGAUUAAGAUUAUUACAGACAGGUGCUAGCCACUAAAAUCUGCGUUUUGAAACGCAUAUUUGGUUUUCACUACCAAGUUCAAAAUGACAUAUGCAUAUGCAUGAUAAGAAAUUAUUGCAAUACAUAA